AUGCACAAGGCAGUUUUGCCCGCUGCUCUAUUCGUUCUGAUCACCUUGUUCACUCCAUCUUUCGCUAGUCAGGCCUGCAAGAACCACACAUUCUCUAACAACAGAACUUUCGCCAGUUGCGUCGACCUCCCCGUCCUGAAUUCGUUCCUCCACUGGAACUACAACCGCUCUUCGUACGCGCUCGACGUGGCGUUCCGGCACGUCAACACGACGCACUCGAGGUGGGUCGCCUGGGCAAUUAACCCCUCGGGCAAGCAGAUGAUCGGCUCGCAGGCUCUUGUCGCCUAUCAGAGGAACAACAACGGCUCCAUGCGCGUGUACACGUCGCCAGUAGAGUCGUAUGCCACGACGUUGCCGGAGGGGAGAUUGAAGUACAUGGUUUCGAGGAUGUCCGCGACGUUUGAAAACGAGAGUGAGACGACGAUAUUCGCGACGGUUCACCUGACCAGCGACAUGUUGACGAUCAACCAAGUAUGGCAAGAGGGUCCCCUAAAUGGGAAAGCCGAUGGACCGAGCAUGCAUGCAACGAGUGGAGAUCACAUCACUUCUUUUGGAACUCUCAAUCUUGUCACUGGCACAACAUCUUGA